AUGAUAAACCUUCGCAUCCUCAGCGUUGUUAUCGUGCUGAUGGGUUGCGCUCUUGGAGCUUAUCUCUCCUCGUCCGCAUCCCAGGCUGUCAACAAUGCUUCUUUGCUCUUUGCCUGGCAGCUCGUCUCCAUCACCGGCAUGGGCACGCCCUUCAAUGGCUAUCCAUGCAGCAAGGUCGCCACACCGUCUGACAUGACAUGUAUUGUCUCCGACAUGCUGAAAAACAAAGCUACCUACGACAACAAGCUGAAGAAAAUCGGUCUGGUCCCUGAAGUCGUCGACAGUGUCAUUGCAGAUCGCGAGGGCUGUGCCGCGAACCUGGACACCGCCGUCGCCAAGCAUCAUGUUCGUGCAUAUCUAAACGCCGUGAUCACAGCUCUCGCGAGCGCGACAGUCGCGCAGCGCAAUGUCGAAACGUUCUGUCUGUCUUUAGACGAAAUGUGCAUGACAACGCUGUUGGGCAGCAACGCCUUAAGGACCGCGCUUUGCGCUCAAGCUGGUUCUUCCGCUCCAACUGACGGACCUUCCAGCUCUGUCGACCAACGCAUUCUCGCGGACUUCGACGCUCUCGUAAGUGGGCUCUUUGCAUGGCAACUGUUCGGGAUCCUCAGCCCCUCCCGUGAUUACAUCGUAAAUAUAUGCACCACAAACCUUGCCAGUCUGAAAGCUGGUCUCGACCUGCUCGACAUGGACGUGUCGGCCUUCACAUCCCUCUUCUGCGAUCAGUUCGCCAAGAAUGAGGACUUUCCAAGUGUCGACCUCACACUGCAGAGUGUCAAUGCCAUUGAGACAAAGUUGUUUGGUACCGUCGUAUUUGGGCUUAGCCACGAGAGAUUGUAUCAAUGCUCUCUAUGUGCUGAUACGGCGCUCGACUUCGAGAAGUUUGGGGAGGUGAGCUUGAAUCGCACGGCGUGGGAGAAUGUACGAGGUUAUGCUUGUGGAUCAAAUGGAUACGACGACGCGAAGAACGCUCAGUGCUAAAGGACGUUGGACAAACUCGAUCUUC